GUAGAAAGAGUUGUUCUUUACAUUCAUGAAAUGUUUUUGCCUUGCAUCUGGUUUUAACUGGAAGCAUUCUGAAAGUCUGUCUUGACUGGCAGCAGGUGUGUGUCUGUGUGUUUGUGUUUGCACGUCGCACUGGCUUUGAUCCUGAGUCACAUCUCUGACUGACACAUCAUGAGUCAGCAGCUCGUUUGACAUCUGUAGUUGCUCUCAGCAGUACGGGGGAUGUUUUUGGAUGUGCAGCUGAUGUAAGGUGACCCGGUAGCGGAUUGUACCAGGUGUGGAGCUGUCAGGCACCCAUAUGCAGGCUUCACAAACAAAAAAUGCUACACCGGAGGAAACUACUCAUACGUUUAGCUGGCAGGGCAGAGGAACAGACAAAUUAUGCAAAGCCUUUAGGUUCAGAAACACAACUGAAAUGACCCAUUUUGCCAUCUGAGCAGAACCAUUUGGCUGAAAUCGUUUAGGGGAACAGCGCUUUGUUGUCAUCUAAAAUGAUGCAAAAGCGGCAAACUCGGACUUCCCCAGGCAGUGUGAGCUCCUCGCGGGGCACCAAUGUCCCUGGAUCCCCAGCAGUCACCAUUGUGGCCAAAAUUGACAAUCAGGUCAUCGGAUAUAAAGAUUUGGCGGCCAUACCCAAAGACAAAGCUAUACUUGAAAUUGAACGGCCAGACUUAAUGAUCUACCAACCCCACUUCAGCUACGUGUCUCUGGACAAAUCAGAUCAAUUGCCUAGCAGUGGAGAGAGAUCCAUGUCACCCCGCUCGAUCUCGCCCCCACCCUCUCCUGAGAGCUCCACAUGCAAGGAGCCGAGAGAGUGCCUGGAGCAGCAGUCCCCAGCAGGGUCGUCACCAGCCCCCGUGGUGCCAAACCGCAGAAUAAGCAGCACAGUCCGUCCACUGCAGCACUUCCACCGGCCGCAAAACGGCACCAACAUCUACAAGAAGCCACCGAUUUACAAACAAGAUCUGACGGUGCUGAUUCCGCAGAGUAAACACAUAGAGGACCUCAUCAUCGAGUCGUCCAAAUUUCCUGCAGCACAGCCUCCUGACCCCAACCAGCCCUCCAAGAUUGAGACAGACUAUUGGCCCUGCCCGCCCUCCCUGGCUGUUUUGGAAACAGAGUGGCGGAAGAAGGCCACCUCUCAGAAGGGGAGAGAGGAAGACCACGAGGAAGGAGAUGAGGAGUAUGAUGACGGGAACCUGAUGGAGGACGUGUGGAGGCUGCAGCAGCUGCAGAAGCAGGAGCUUAACAAGAUCCAAUCCAACCUCGGGAAAUUAAUUUUGAAGGAAGAAAUAGAGAGAUCAGUUCCCAAUCAAAGGAAAACCCGCUCCCUUCCGGAUCGGACUCCCAUGCACCUGGGGUCAUCUUCCAGAGCUUCCAAAUCCACCUCUCUUCCAUCAUGCAACAGAAGCGGCUUAACUCGGCUCCAGUCAGAUGAGCUCUCCCCUGACAGCGAUAAGGGAGGAUCAUCAGAUUUAUCCCUAUGGAAUGCUCAUGGUGACUCACAGAGGCCAGAGUAAGCUCCCCCCAGACGUUGACCGAACAAAACUUGAGCGUCACCUGGCUCCAGAGGAAUUCCUGGACGUGUUUAAAAUGUCCAUCGAGGACUUUGAUCAGCUUUCUCUCUGGAAACAAAACGACUUGAAAAAGAAAGUUUUGCUGUUUUAGCGAGAAGAGACUUACUUUCGAACAUGGGCUACGGCAUUUCUUUGGAAACACAUUCAAGAAAAGAGUCAAAUACAGAAAAUAUCAAACACUAAACUUGGAAAGGAACGAAAGUCCCAUUCCUGAAUCAGUCAACUAUCUACAGUUUUAAAAACUUAGAGUCUAGUAACUGUCUCUUUCUCAUACUACAAUAGCAACAGAGGAUCGUAUGAAUUGUGCAAAAGCCUAUAGAAGUGACAUAUCUUCUGACUGGUAUUAUUCAAAUUGGUACCAACAAAGAAAUAAGUUACCAACACAUACCUGCUACAUCCCACAGGCAGGGAAGUGAGUUCAGUUAUAAACCAAGCUACUCUAUUAGUCCUCAGUUUAUAUCAGAGCAGCACUGCCAGUAAGAUUUUAGCGAGGAAAACUAUUAACUUACUUCUCAGUAUAUUGAACCGAGCAGCUGGGUAUCAGCUAACAUGCAGUACACUUCUAUUGACAUUGAAUUACCAGCAGAAUUAAUGGGCUGAUUUACUUGACCCUGUUUAUUCAAACGUAGAACAAUGUUUUUGAAUUGUUUCUCAGUCAUUUUGAUAGUUUUCGUUUCCACUAAUCUCUUUUUGGAAGUGGUGAAACUUCAGACAGAUGCAUUUUGAUUCCUUUCCUAAAAGAGCUGAUGAUAGACUACUUUAUAUUAUUACUAUUUAACUCUAAUAAGAUUGCACCGUCUAGAAAUCUGCAGCUGAGUUUUUGGCUUAUCUGCAUUAGCAUGUGAAACCUUCACUGAUGUUAGUCUCAACUAGUGUCUUCGAUAUUGUUCUACAUAAACGGAGCCUGACGUCUUAAAGGUACGCAGGCCACAUAGUUGGUGCCUACCUUUGUUACCUGUCUGGUCCCAUUGCUACAAUACCUGCACAUUUGUAAGCACCUUUAAGGUUUUUUGCUUUUGUUUGAUGAGGGCAGUGUCGGUAUUGAUUUGUAUCACCAUAACAAGCGCAAUGUCUGCAUCCGCAGCUCUGGCUACUCUUCUGUUAUCAUCACUCAUUUGCUUGUUUACUGUCCAGAUAGACAAAAAAGGAUUUAACUUAUGAGUUUGGAGUAUUUCUUCAUCAUAUCUGCACAGAAGCAAGUUCUGUGCAUCAUUCGUUUGUCCUUUGUAUGCAGUUUAUAUUUUUUAUGUAGAUGACAACAUGAGUUUACAGAAGGCCUCAUUUAAAAAUAUUGAUAGCAAUUGAUGGGGAACUACAGGUUGUCUAUAAAAUUAUCGACAAGGGCAAAAAAGUGAUCACAAAACCUCCAGUCACUGGGGAAGUCAUAGAAGCACAGAUACUUGCAGGGAUUGGUCACUGUGGUGUGUGUGUGUGUGUGUGUGUGUGGAUGGAAUCCAUGGGUGGACCACAGGGGUUACAGGCCAGAUGGGUGCCCCACAAACUCUACAUCAUAAACCCUUUCAGCUACGUCCUUCAGAAGCAAUAGUAAUUGAUAUAUUCCCUUAUUUUCACUGGUAUGGAAAGCAGAGCAUAGUAGGGCAGCAGGAAUGAUGUGAGGGAAUGUGCCUUAGUCCUAACCUACCCCUGUCCAUUGGCUGCCUGACAGGGGGGGGCGGGGUGGAAGAAGGAGGGUGGGAGGUAGCACGGGUGACAGUGUGACCUGUGAAGUGUUGCCAAAGCCAAAACUCUUGCCGAAGACGUGAUGGGUGUUUGGCUGGAUGGGAGGAAAAGACAGUAUGCCUGAAAAAAAUCACCCAGGGCCCCAACUCAUGGGAUAUGGGGAGAUGCACCAAUGCACAUUCAGGAUUCUGCGAAAAUUAAAAGAAAUCUCAGCACUUUAUCGGCUUGCGGUUGCUUCAUAGGUUUUUGUGUCCCUCUGUAUCAUUUAAUGCCGAGCAUAAUUACUGCGUCUGUUUUGGGUAGACAAGGUUCGGGUUGGGUCACCAAGCCCUAGAGACAGGGUAACAGUAGCCUCUGUCACCCACAGCGUUAAAUGCUCUGCUUCUCCAUCGGAUGCAGUCACAUGCUUAUGGGCAUCGUCUGUUUCUUCUUCACCAGUAUCAAAACUGCCGAUGCAUCAUGAUUAUCAUCAGGAUAUUAGGGAUGUAUUUAAAAAUGCACACAAAUGAAUGCUACACGUGUGUUGGGCACAGUUAUGAUUGAAGCUUCAUACUCAUAUGUUCUCCACUUGUGAUUUUCAUGUGCAAGUGUGUUGGAAAAAGAACAAAUAAAA